AAAUUGCAAAUCGCAUCAAAAUUUCCAAAAUGAUGGGCAACAGUGAACAACAACAACAACGCCAGCUGCAACAGCAAUACACAUUAACCACUGGUCUGCCGCCACUGCCAAAAAGUCUGAGCGCCGCUGCCGCUGGCACUGCUAUGGGACCGGAGCUGGCGAGUGGCAGCGCGCUUGGUCAGGGCCAGGCGCAGGUGCGCUCUCACACAUCCUCACCGCAGCAACUGCAACCGAACACGUCCGUUGCCGCACUGACCGCUGCGACGGGCGAUCUGUACCUGGGGCCAUCGACUUCCUCGGCUGCAGCGGCAGCAACGCGCAAUCGCAACUACAAUGGUCAUGGACGACAUGGCAGCUUGUCAUCCACACAAGAGUCGCUAAGUGAUCGUGAGAGUGUGCAUAGUCGGGCCUCGUCUACGCACAGCGCGGGCGGCAGCGCAGCCCAGCACCAUCAGUCGGCCGCGAAUGGCAGCAAUAAUGCGUCGAGCACCAUCGACAACCAGCUGGCCAUACUGCGCCGUGAAAUGUACGGCUUGCGGCAGCUGGACUUGUCGCUGCUGUCCCAACUGUGGGCGCUGAAUGAGUCCAUUCAAGGCUUUCGGGUGUUUCUGCAGGAGCAGGAGGCCCUUUCGCCACCGUCUCGUUCGCGCACGCCAUCCGAUGCCAACUCACUGUCAUCCGAUGAGGAUGAUGGUUCCUAUGCACCAGUUGCAGCACCGAAGCGAAAUCCACAGCCGUCGGCAACCAUUGCCGCACUCUCUUCACCAGCAGCGACUAGUAAUUUGCCCACAAAGUUGGCCACAGGUUCAACCACAUCGCAUGCAUCGACCAGUUCGACAUCUGGAGCAUCUGGCUCGUCUUCGGCAGCUUCCUCCAUGGGCAAGCACCAUCAUCAGCAACAAAUUCCGCAUUAUCAUCGUUCAGCAGCUCCGCCAGCGCCACCGACCCAGCACAAGGCGCAUCCGCAGUUGCCGCGCAUACUGCAGCAACGCAUGCGGCACGCGCCGCCUCCGCCACCGCCUACGCGACCCAAGGGUGGCGGCGCGAGUAGUAGCAGCAGCAACCAUAGUAUUAGCAGUGUCACGCAGCAGCAGCAGCAGCAGCAACAGCAGCUGCUACAUCAAAACCUACAGCAUCAGAGGCCCCUAUGACAAAACCCAUUCUUGGACUAAGUAUGCUAAACGCGUAUUUGGUUCGAGAAGGCUCUAUCGAAAAUAGAUACUACCAUAACAUUUCUGAAAAGUCAAUUGCACAUUUAUCCAGGAGUCAAUUAGCAAGCAACACCUAAGGCCAGCUGAGGGCGACUUGUGAUCUUUACUUGGAUGGCUUGCUCGACACAAACAUUCAAGCUCCAUUUCGUUCUGGAUUUAUACAAAAUCGAUGUUGGGCCAACGUCAAGCAACUUUGAAUGGUUAAAAUUUUGAAUAGGAAAUUGUAUUCAAUAAUAAUCUUCAAAUAGUCUGGGAUAAAAUCCUUUGAUAAGAACUACGUAAAUUGCAUAUUUAUACAUAUUUAUAAUCUAUUUGUAUAUUACCCGUACACAUACAACUUAAUUGCUGCUUUGAAACAGAAACUGCAUCGAACAGAGGAUGCGAAAUCAUGCUUGUGGCAGAAGUCUUGGAUCUAAAAUAUCUACAUAACAUUUGCAAUGAUAGCGAACAUAACAAUUUAUUAAAUUAACUAUUGUGCUAAUUGGACCUAUUAUUAAAUGAAAAAAAAAAAUACUGUAUAACAAAGCAUACUCACUCAUUAGAAUUAACCAAAUCCGAACUCGCGGUCUAGAACAUUAAAUCUAUCCAAUUUAAUGUAUACUUUUUUUCUUUGUUAUUUUCCAGUGUUAAAUGCGAUGAUUCUUAAUUUGUUAUUGACAACAAUUGUGUCAAGCUUCGCAUAGAUACACUCGGACUCAGACUUGACAAAACACUCACCUUCAUCAAACCAAUUUGGUAAACACAUAAUCAUCCUCAAUUCUUACCGUUCGUCUGACUGUCCUACUUGUCAGCUUUAAAGUAUAGAUCAAACUAGAGCCAGCUGAUCUUAGUCCACACGCUUAUCACAUAGGUGCUUCUAAGAAUAAACAUUAAAUAUAAACUGUAUACCAUACUGGGAAAACGAUCGAUGUAAUCAAAGCUAUCAAAGCAAAUUGUUUGUAAACAGAAAAGGAAAAUUACAUUUCUCAUGAGACAAAACUUUUCCCAGCUAUAUAUUAGACGUUUCAUUAGCACUCAUUUUAAAGACUUUUGCGUUGUUUCAUGUAUGUAUAUAUUAUUAAAACCUUUAAACAGGCGAGAGUUCAACAAAAGAGAACGAUCAAAAUGUAUCAGAGAAAUGUCUGUAGAGCAGACAAUAUAUAGGAAUAUUUAAAAAGCCUAAGAUUGAUUUAUUAAUUUAUAGCGCUUAUAUUUGGAUUAUACUUCCUGUUCACACGUUUCAUAACUUGCACUUUAAUUAAUAAUUAUAAAAAAGCAUUUAAACAGUUUUUGGAGACCAACUGAGUUCGAAGAUUUAUAAAAUUCAAAUACCCGUACUUGUCGAAACUUUAUUAUGUUGCAUUCAAGGAAUUCAAUCAAAAUAUCAAAUAUUGAAAACUGCGCCAAUGCAUCAGCCUAAUAAUAUCAUUACCUAACGGGUUUUCAAAUUCAUUAGCAACUAUCAACUAUUUAAUGCUCUAAUAUGUACACCAAGCAUUUUUUUUUUAAAUCUUAUAACAAUGUUCGAGUAAACAGACUCCAGAAAAUCGACGACGAGUGAACGAAAUUUUAGCAUGUAAUUUAUUGCUAAUAAAUUGAAGAUUUUGUACAAACCCUGGGACAGAUAAAUAUCGUUAAAAUGUAAUAUGUAAUGGAAAUAAUUAAAGAACAAACGAAUUAAAAAUCAUAACAAUAAA